CCCACCCAAAUCUUGGUCCACCCACCGUCACUGAUUUAGAGCAAAGACUUCUUGCAUCUAGCCCAAAGAUCGUUCUGUGGCCUACAAUCCAUGAGCAGCCCACGUCUGGCCUCUGUCUGGUUGAGGAAACUCGAAGAAUCGGUAUUUAAUCUAAGGUAUCGCCCGACUGACUGUAAAAGCUCGCUUUCGCUUGUCUCUCAGUAACUCACUGAGUCAGCUAUCAUUUCCAAAAAUACAUCAUGGUGUCAGGCAUUGCAUUAAUAAUAUAUAUGGACUGGGACCUUUGCCUUUUCCCAAAGAGCCUUGGCGUUGGUAGGACUUGUAAUGUACUUCACUUUCCUCUUUCUGAACUCGGAUUUGUGAAGGGAAAAGAACGACGAUUCGGUUAUCCACAGCGGAUAUUACACAUAGGUUAACACUCCUGGCUUUGGAUUUCGCAAUUGCAACAAGAUUUCGCAAAAGUUGCGCAGACAACGACUGCUUGAGACUCAUAAAUUAUAAAUUCAAAGAUUAAGAGCCAGGCUGGUGAGACAGUGACUGAGAAGCGAGGAAGUAGGCCCAGGAUAACAUAUAAUAUAUAUUAUAUCUGAUCUGUGUUUCUGGCCUGGUGUCCUGAGGGUCGGUAACCGAUUGCCACGUAAUAUGGUGCUCCGGGCUUCUCUUUGCCUCAGUUUGAUACUGGCUGUGGUCUCACAACCUUCCUUCAGUUCUCUCUUUUCAGAACAAGGAGUUCCUGUGACGACCUCAGAAGAACCAUGUUCUGUGACAGUCAACAUGAAAGAGCAUAUUACGUACUCCCCAUUUGUUGACAAUCAGACCCUUCCUUUGAGAAAUACAAGAAACACGGGAGUUUGCGGCAGUUGUCCAACACCACCCUCAAAGGAGUGCAGGAUUACCUUCACUGUUCCAGAUGAAAUGGACAAAGAGCUGUUUAGAAUCUGUUAUCAUCCUGAGGUUUAUCGUUGUUCACAGUGCCAGAGAAAUGUCACUUUCAAGGAAAGCUCUACAAAUGGUACUUCUGAUCUCGAGACUUUGGCAUGCAGCUCUGGCAACUACAGUGGUAUAUACACGCCUAAAAUUGACAACGAAUGCUUGAGACCUGGACAAAAUCUCGAAAUUUUCUUCUAUGAUGAAAACUUUUGCUCUCACGUGAGGCUAAUACGAAUGUUUCCUCAAGAAAAUUUAUUGGAUCAGCCCUGUGAUUCGGGCCACCUUCAUUCACAUGCUAACAAAGGUACCCUGUAUUCCCGCCAAGGAAAAGGGAUUCCUGUCUCAGAAACAUUUUGCACAAAGUCCACAAAUGUACAGAAGGAUAAAAAACGUCGUGAGUUUUGCUAUAGUUUUCACUAUGCAGACUUUCAGCCUGAUGGCGCUACUCUACACAUUUCUGAUCAGUCUGGGAAUGAUGACAGGGAGUAUGGGUACAACAGCCCACCUGAGAUUGGCAAAGAGUACUGCGUACGAGCGCAGAGGGAACCUUAUGAAGUGAAGAUUUUUCUACAGAGUGACUGUUCAAGUGCAAAUAAAUCAGAAUGUGCUCUGCAUUUGGUUGAACAUGCAUUUGUGUUGGCCUAUGAAAUAAAAGUUCUCCCAGACCCUGUUGACCAAGAGGAUGAUAACACCGGGGAACUGACAGCAAUGAUCUUGUGUCCCCUGGCUUUUUUUCUCAUCUGUGGUAUCUUGAUAUUCUGUGUGUGCAGAAAGAAGAAAAGAGCAUCAAAUUCCACAUACAUCGCUGCAGCACCCAGUCCGAGCCAGUCUGCCUGAAGAACCACUGACUUGUGAGCAGCUGAUGAUGGAUCAACUACCCCCCCCGAAUACACAGACAGCUUUGUACCCCUCCGAGCAGAAGGAGUAGCAGCCUGUGACUUACCUCAAGUGCAGUUUACAUCUCAGUUGAAAAGUCUCUAAAAAGUAGCCUUCCAUUUUUUAUACAGUUGAAAUUGGUUAAGAAGGCCACUUUUUUAGGAGAAAGAUGGUUGUCUUAAACAGGUGGACAUCUUAGACAGUGUCAUUAUUAUAUUGAAAAAAAGACAAGGGGGGGGGAGGGGUCAUUUGGACAGGUGACAGUUAGAGCAGGUUCAACUGUACUUGGGUAGCAAGUUGAUAAUAUUCUUUAAAGUUUUAAAACUUUUACACCAAAGAUGUAUUGUCUUAAUUUGUGUAAUUUGAUACUUAAGUCUAGUUGGGUUUUUUUUUUUCUUUCAUACGUGGGCAGUGGACUUCUUUGGGUGCAUUCUUGUUUAUAUAUAUAUAAGUGAAUGCAGCCUGUUUUCCACUCCUUGUGUGUUUCAGCUAACACUUCAUUUUUUUAUACACCAAAGGGUUUUCCUACAGCUUUUCGUUACACUCGAUUUUGUGUAAUUUUGUAGGGGUCUUUUCUGGCCUGGAAGUUUUUAAAACUCUUUUUAAAUAGCUUCUUUGGCAAAGGUUUGCAUUUUCUUGAUCCUUUGUAUGUAUCAGUUCUGAGGUGAGGGCUGGAAGGUUACACCGCCGGUAUUGAAAGCUUGGUUUUUGUUUUUGUUCUUCCAUGUGUCAUCAUUUGUGACCUCUACAAAGUCAAAAUUCUGUGAAAUCUUUUUAUCAAGUGACACCAGAGACCCCACAGAUUUGCUCUUUUUGAGAGCGUUGCACUUAUUGGAAGAAUUACUUUACAAAACUCCCAAAAAAAAACAACUGACGGUCUACUUAUAGAAAGGGUCAUACAGUCUAUUAAACUUACAGAGCUGUUUUUACUAAGACGCUCAUACUAAUGUACUAAAUUGGAACAUGAAAUGAAAUCAAAGUAGGUAAUGUUAUAAGGGGGGGGGGGGGGGGGAGCUGAUGACAAAUUGAUGAGAUCCAGGUGUGUCCAUUUCUUUCUUCAUGUGUGCACAGUUAAUUUUGAAAACGUCACCUGCCUUUAUUCAGGGUAGAUCUAUCUCUUUUGUAGUACAUGUUGCUGUCUGGAUGACCAACUGAUCAUGAUGACAGUUUCAGGCCCACGUUCUGUUUUCUGUCUGUAGUUUUGCUAAGCCUCAUUAGUGUUGAUCAAUUCAAUAUAGAUCUGUACGGUGUAUUAGCUCCGUUAACGGGACUGAGAACAGAAUAAAAGACCGUUUGAAAUUCAA